AUGCAGCGCACAGCAUUUAUCGUGUGCUGGCUCAUUUCGACUACAAAUCAGUUGGCAGGGUACGAUAAAGCGGAGCGAUUAGCUGGAUCCGGCGGUAUAGUUCGAAUCGGUCAUCUGUUGCCGAAUAACCCAAACAUCGCUCAUGAACCGGAAGUGUUGAGGAUGUGCGCUCAAGACCUUAAGGAGAGGAAGAUUUUACCAAUAAACUACACGCUGCAGUGA